AUGGGUUGGAUGGAAGCUUGCAUUUUUACGAGUCAUAUGUCCGUCCUUGUGAAUGGGAGUUCCACUAGAGACUUCAAGGCUCAAAAGGGUUUGCACCAAGGAGACCCGUUGUCCCCGUUUCUCUUUGUUUUAGCUAUGGAAGGUCUAACUUCUUUAGUUAGAAAAUCGAUUGACUUGGGUGACUUCAAACCUUUCAAGUAUGGUGAAGAGGAGUUUAUGGAUAUCUUACAAUUCGCGGAUGACACGGCGAUGCUUGGAGAAGCUUCAAGUGACAACCUUUGGAGUUUGAAAGUUUUAUUGAGAGGUUUCGAACAAAUCUCCAGUUUGAAAAUCAAUUUUUCCAAAAGCAACGUUUUCGGUGUUAACAUAGGAGAUUGGCUUAUGAAUUCGACUACUAGUUUUCUUGCUUGUAAGAAAGGUAUCAUUCCAUUUUCCUUCCUUGGUAUAGUGGUGGGAGAGAAUCCUAGAAGGAAGAAGGUGUGGAAGAAGGCGAUUGAUAACAUAAAGAAUAGAUUAUCAUCGUGGAAGGGUAGAAAUAUUUCGAUUGGUGGUAGGGUGACGCUCAUCAAUGCGGUCCUUAAUGCUAUUCCUUCCUUCACCUUUUCGUUUUAUAAAGCACCAACCAAAGUGUUAAAAGAAAUCAAUAGGCUUGAAAGCAAUUUUUUAUGGAGUGGGAAUGUAAACAAAAGGAGUAUUCAUUGGGUGAAGUGGGAUACGGUUUGUAAGCCGAAUGAGAAGGGGGGAUUAGGAGUUAGAGAUGUUGAAGAGUUUAACAAAGCACUUCUUUUAAAGGGGGAAUGGAGGUUUCUUAAAGAGGAUAAAUCCAUAUGGAGUAGGUUUUUGGGGCUCAGAUACCACAAGAUAAAAUUAAAAGUGUUAGAUUCUAGUGGGGAAGCUUUUAAUUUCGACGAUUCUAUUUGGUGGCGGACAUUAUGUCAAACGAUAUAA